UGUGUUUUGAUUGUUUAUCGCUCCGCCAAGCUGCUUCAUUUUGUAAAAUCCAAAACGCGAGCUUCAUCAUCUACAAUUUCAUCGUAAAAUCAUAUCAACACGAUUGCAUAGAGAAUUACCAUGACGUAUCAACUGUACCGGAAUACUACCCUUGGUAAUACUUUGCAGGAGAGUUUGGACGACAUGCUGCAGUACGGUCAAAUAACACCACAACUAGCUGUGCGAGUUUUGGUGCAGUUCGAUAAAUCGAUCAAUGCCGCACUUUCCAACCGGGUAAAGUCUCGUGUCACGUUCAAGGCUGCCAAACUAAACACCUACCGAUUCUGCGACAACGUCUGGACGCUGAUGUUAAACGAUGUCGAGUUUCGAGAGGUGCAUGAGUUUGCUCGAGUAGAUAAAGUGAAAAUCGUUGCCUGUGAUGGUAAAAAUGUCAGCACAGGGGACGAACCGAGUAGAUAGUGCAAAAGUAUGUCCAUCGUUUAGUUUGUUACACCCUUCAUGGUUGCGAUGCAAGCCGUUUCCAGGAAGUGUAUUCACCUUUUCUAGUUUGUAAGAGUGCUUGCGCGAGCAUUUUAACGAACGUGCUGCAAAUACCAUUCAACGAUAUACCUAUCAAUUGCUUAAAUAAAGCAUGCUUAUUUGACGCACA